GUAGUGGGCAGUUCCCGCCAGUAGCAUAAAAUAUACAGAAAAAUGAUGAAUAUUCUGUACAGAGCUUGUUUUAUUGUUAUAUGUGCUGUCGCUAUCUUGCCAGUUCACGCCACAGAUUAUCGGUGCGGAGGCAGAGUGAAAUGCAUCCCCUUCCAAGAGUGCAAAGGAAUGUAUGGAACACUGACGAAGGCUUAUGCUUUACCUUUGAGAAAAUUGGCUAAGAAACUUCACUGUGGAUUCAAAGAUAAAGAGCCGCUGGUAUGCUGCCCUCCAGUGUUAUCCUUUGUACCUGAACCAAAAACGCCAAAGUCGCCUCCCCACAGCAGCAGAGAAAUAGCGCUACCCAGUCAAUGCGGCUUGGAAUACGCCGACAGAAUCUACAGCGGCCAGAUCACUGAACUAGACGAACACCCGUGGAUGGCUCUACUUCAAAAUAAACAAUCUGUACUGGACGGUUUCUACUGCGGUGGAUCGCUGAUCUCGUCCAGAUAUGUCGUGACUGCAGCGCAUUGCAUCCAGGGACCCAUGCUGCCCAGUAGGUGGAAAGUAACCCACGUCCGGCUCGGGGAGUGGAACACUUCCAGCGUCUGGGACUGCUUCCGUGGCGCCUGUAACAAGGCACUGGAUGUACCGGUGGAGCAGUCGAUAGUGCACGAGGGUUACGAACGAUACGACCUGAACCAGUUCAACGAUAUUGCGCUUCUAAGGCUUGCGCAUGUUGUACCUUUCAGUGAUUUUAUAAGCCCAAUCUGCCUUCCCACGAAUCCAUCGCUGAAAAAAAACACAUUCGAGGGAUGGGAAUUGGUGGUGGCGGGGUGGGGGAAAACUGGAAAGAGUGAGUACUCUCCCGUGAAGUUGAAAUUGACAGUGCCCGUUGUAAAGAACCCAACUUGUAAGAUAAUUUACAAGUUGUCAAUGAGAGAUGUCGACGAGAAUCAAAUUUGUGCUGGUGGAGAGGAACACAAGGAUUCCUGCCGAGGAGAUUCGGGCGGCCCUCUGAUGGGUCAGGUGCAUGGGAACUGGAUGCUGCUGGGUGUGGUGUCGUACGGACCUUCGCCAUGUGGAAGCCCUGGGUGGCCGGGUGUCUACACCAGGGUCACAAACUAUGUGGACUGGAUACUUGCCAAUUUGCGAGCGUAACAUUUGCAGUUCAGCACUGCUAGCAGAAAGGAGACAUUUACUUCUCCUGAAUUUUAUCUUCUCCCUCAUUUUUCUCAUCUCGGAAUACAACGGUGGAAAUAAUA